GGCUUCCCGCGGCGGGAGCGCGGCGUGCGCAGAGAGCUGGCGGUGAUGCUGGUGCUGGGCUGCGGGGCGGAGUCCGGUAGUCUGAGCGAUCUGCUGGAGGCAGGAGCUGCUGUGAAUGCACCUGCAGAUGCCUUUGGUCAGUCUCCAGCUCACCUGGCUGCCUGCGGUGGGGAAGCUUUCUUACUACUUUGGCAGCUGCAGACGGGAGCAGAUUUGAACCAACAGGAUUGCCUUGGAGAAGCCCCGAUUCAUAAAGCAGCAAGAGUUGGGAGUUUGGAAUGUCUUGCUCUGCUUGUUGCUGGUGAUGCCAAAAUUGACUUGUGCAACAACAGCGGACAAACAGCAGCAGACCUGGCCCUGGCUUACGGCUUUCUGGAAUGUGCCAGGUUCCUCAGGACAACUCAGCACACUCAGACAGUGAAACUGAGAGGACAGUCUGGCUACUCACCAAGGGACAACCAUGGCUUCCUGAGAGAGGAUCCAGCUGCACAGAAACAAGAAGGUGGAACCACCAGAUCCACAAACAGGAAGAGGAGAAGAUCAGGUGGUGUGUAAUACUGUUGGUUUAUUACAAUUCAGAAUAGGUUUUGAAUACUCUUUAUCAUUUAAGUAAAUAAAUUCAGUGUUGGGUACAUAGCACUUGGAUUUAGAAGCCUGCUCAUAAGGAUCAGCUUGCAUAAGUAUUUAAAGUUGUGGUUUUACCAAAACCAGACAGUGCAUGGAGAAUGCCAUGGAAAAGACUACUUUGUGGGGUGAAUAGGGUGGAAUCCCAGGUAAUUUUACUGAUGUACUGAUAAAGCAGCCACAGAAUUACUGUUGUUUGUUUGUGUGAC